AUGUCUAGUUUUACUAAUUUGGUGAGGGUUUAUUCUAAGCGGAUGCCAAUCAACGCUUUUUCAAUGUCCAAAUAUUGCCAUACGGCAGCAGCUGAAGCUGGUCCAGCUGAAAAUGCUGGAAAAGAAGCCAAAAAGCCUCCAUCUAAAAGAAUGGAGGAGUUUAGAAAAAAAUUAGAAGAGACUACCCAGGAUGAUGUUGAUGAACAUGUAUACCGUGCGACUCCCGUCAAAAAUGAUCCCCUCCCGCCAUGGCCAAAUGACACUAAUCCACAUACAGGAGAAAUAGGAGGUCCAAGGGGACCAGAACCCACAAGAUAUGGUGACUGGGAGAGGAAGGGAAUAUGCACAGAUUUCUAA